AUGAAACUAUUUGCGGUGGCGACUUGCUUACUUCUUUUAUUGUACUGUGUUAACUCCGCACCGAGACCUUGUAGAAGACGGAGAGAUGUAAACGAGAAGGCAAGUAAUGAUAAAACAGGAGAUAUUCAGAAGAAUGAUGAAACUGAAUCUCAGAGUAGCAGAGAUAAAGGACAGCAAAACGCCGACAAAAAACAAUAUGUUCCUUACGUGCCUGCUUAUAACAUGGGGGAUGUUAUCUGUGAGGACAACCAACCAGUACAAGUUGUCCAAAUAAGGGAUUUAAGUAUUACAAAUGGCGUCAUCAAAAAGAGCAAUAUCGUACAGUUGUAGGCGCGUUAAAAUGUUUCUGGUAAGUGAAGUUCUUUAACUUCUUUUAGCUCUCCAUGAACGUGUACCUAUUAGUCACCGAAGCACUGUUCAGUAACUUAGUUUUCUUUUGCAAUUUUGAUUUAUUCCCACAAAUUUGACAGCUCAGUUCUUGCUGUCGAUAGAGACGCCUUCUUAAAUUGUUUUCUUUAUUAUAUCGAGGAUAUCCACGUAGAGACUGUUAUAAAGUAUGAUUAUGAUAUAAUUUUAACCACAAACGUGAACAAUGGUAUUCUAUAGCGGCAUCCAACAGGUACUGAACAAAAACUCACUCUAGUAACAUAUAUAGAUCUAUUACGGUGUAUAUCAGACAUAUCUUUUAUGUUUCAUGUUGUAAACCUAUUUGCUGGAUUGACUGAUUCUUAGGAGAGAAUAAUUUGACAGUGGAGGAGGAACGUGCUAUGAAACGAAUUCCUUCGCCUGCCGAAAAUUGUGUUUUUAAUAACAUAAUUGAUACCUGCUCUGGGAUCGCCCUUAUGUUAUCUAAUAUUUUGUAUAAGCCAGAGAGGAUAAAGCUUUAUCCUCUCUUGGUAUAAGUAUACAGCCGAUUUUUACUGAACAUAUGUUUGCCUAAGAUCAGGCCAACGCAUUACUCGGAUUUGUAUUUUGAAAAGGCGGUUUCAUAAAUCUGUUUAUUGUUAGGUCCACCUCGAGCGGAAAGCAUUCAAACGAAUUCAUUUUUCAGUCUGCAAGGUGUCCCAGAAAUGCAUUGGGUGUACGAAGAAAAAAAUGGUAUACGUGUGAAAAAUAACUUUUUCUGCAGCGCAGAAAGAUUUUUUAGCGUUUCACCCUUUUAGCUCUCACAGUAUAACCCAAUUAACAUGUUAACAAUAAAUUGUUGUUUGAUUGUUUACUUGUCUGUUUUUCAUAAACUACACUUCUUAUUUACACCUAUUCCUGUGGCCGGCAGCUCACUAUUUCUCGGGUAGGGAGAUGAUAGUCUAAACCAGUAAACUGUGAAGUUAGGCCAAGCCGCCUGAGCCGGUUAAUAUUGGCUCCUGCUUACCCUUCCCCUUCAUAGUUUGAAAAGUAAGCCUUAAAGUUUGCUGCACAACGUCCAUAAUAAGGUCUUAUACUGCAAGCGCGGAUCCACACCGGUUUCCACCGUUUUACGGAAAUCGGUCACAUUUUUCAUAAAAAACUAAAUUUUUACUAAUAAAAACACUUUCCAAGUUGCAAUCUGGCCAAUAUCCUGUCUGAAUGACUGAGAAAACCAGGAAAGGGGACUUAAGAAGUAAAAAUCAAAAAAAUACCUUAUUAUAGGAAAUUAACGCGAAUCGUUAAAAUUCGCGUUCAUUUAAGUCGCGUUAAUUUUGUUGAGCGUUAAUUUUCGCGACGUUAAUUAAGUGCAGCGUUAAUUUCCGCGCUCUUAAUUCCCAGUAUUUUAACCCCAAGUUUGGAACCUGUCCAGACAUUCUUGACACCUAAAAAACAUUAACUACAAGCUUUUCUUCUUUCAAUUAACCCUUUAUUUUUCAUCUUUCUCAAAAGCUAGGGCGAAGGUUUACAAUAUUUCGAGUUCAUCUUCAUCGUUGCCGCUGUCAGAAAUGAUGUCAAUAUCUUCUCCUUUGAUUUCGCGUAAUUAAUCGCGUUAAUUUCCUUUAUCAUGAAUAAGAUGGAGGAGAAAGCGCAAUUAAAAGAAAUAAGCUAAGUCGUUUUCCAUUAAAUUCGCGUUAAUUUAAGUCGCGUUAAUUUCCAAUACCUUAAUUUCAUGGAGCGUUAAUUUCCUAUAAUAAGGUAUGCUUGGGGAGCCCGCGGCCGGAUCCCCCUGGGAGGCUUACCCCUUCGGUGCUCGUUUAGGAAAUUAGUUAGUAUAUAUCCUAGCUCCGCGCCUGAACUGCGUGAUUUAUAUGGCAUGCAUUAAAUGGGAGAAAGUGAAAUUGAAUCUAACGCAAUUGAGCUCGGCGCCAGGGAAGAUCGUAUUAGAGGGCUUUGAUGCCAUAAAUUAGUCAGAAAACAAACCUUUAUAUACCGAAGUUUACCAACGAUACAGUGGUAAGUUUGUUUGACGUCACUGGGGUAAACGCAUCCCUAGUCCUCAGUCGUCAAGAACUAUUGCGCUUAUUUUUGGCCAUGCUCUGUAAAAAAGGCCGCAAACAAAAUGCUUUUCCAAGGAAAAUUUCUCUUGAUAUUUCAGUGUAAGGUCAAAAUUAGGUUUAAAAGAAGGAAGUAAUCUUUUAGACAUUUCUUACCAUACUUUUUUUUGCAGGAAUUUUGAGGGAGAGGACUUUUACAGCGACGCGUGUAAUACUGACUUACAAAGGUUAUUUUUUACCGAAGAAGCGUCGUUGUGGAUUGAAAUUCAUCCUGGGAUUUGACACACGCAGGAAAAAGAUUUCGAGAGAUUUUAAGCACCAUGAAUGAGAUUCUGUGAAUCCCAUUCUUUAAUGAAUAUUUGAACCUCAUUUAGAGCCAGACAAUAUGACGUCGUGUGGUAUCUUGCUGGAACAAAUCAUUUUCAUUAUUAAAAAUGUAGGCGUUUUUGCUUUUUUCUUUUCUCUACGAGUGGAUUAAGAUAUUAAACGUUAUUCCUUCCGCGGUUCGACGCUUCAUCAGCCAAGCCCGAAGUACGUCCUUUUUUCUAGUGAGGCACACUAAAACGCCUUAAACUGUAAAGUAGUUGGAAAUUUUUUCUGUUCAUACACAAUAAAAAUUCAGCAGUGAUUUUCAAUUAGUAGUUGGGCUCCUGCCCAUAUAGAGUGUUUUCACUCACGUGGCCAGUAUCUAUGCAAAUUUAUUGGAACAAAAGAAAUCGUUUGCACAAGAAAAGAGUUCAACUCCCAGAGGUCUGGUUUGGGACAGGAGCCGAUUCCGCCGUGACGUCAUGUGAAAAACACUCAAUAAGGCGUGAAUCCAAGACA